AUAACAUACAGCCGAGUAUCUGUUACGACGAGGAGAAAUACACAGAUGACCAACGACUCAAAAUAUUUGCCUCGAAUUUUGAAGACAUGUUAAAUAGAUAUGAGGUAAAAAAACUUGAAUCGGUUGACCUGGUGUUUAUUCCGGUACUUCAAGGUGACCACUUUUAUGUCUUGUGCUUCAACUUAAAAACCGGCAAAAUUGAGCUGAUUGACAAUUCAGCUACAAAACAAGAGUUUAAGGAAAGAUACAAGGGGCUCCCAGACACACUGAGAAGGGUAUUGGUUUUAUACCUACAAAAUGCUUUAAAACCAACACCGGCUAUACAACAACUUGCAACCUCAGUGAUAGAAAGAAAAGAAAUGGAUUGGAGGACGAAAAAUAACGGCGUAGACUGUGGAGUGUUUACAAUGCGUCACAUGGAAACGUACAAAGGAGACCAAAAACCAUGGGUGACAGGAUUUGUGAAUGAAGAUGAAGUAAACAACAGAUUGGAACAAAACAUACACCAAAGUGGUGGUGUGGGGCAAAGGUGGGUGACGGUGUUGGUGGUGGUGGCGUUAGGUUUGGUGGCGGAGUUAGGUGUUGGUGGGUAG